UGGAAAAGUCCUGUCACUUUUACAACUCAGUUCACUCUUCUCUCUCUCUCUCUCUCUCUCUCGUGCCUUCCCUUCUUCCUUGAAACUUCAAACCCUAAACAAAACCAUCAAUUUUCCCCAUCAACCCCUUAUCCUACUCCCAUUAUUAUAUAUAUAUUUGAAUAAAAAGAAAAGAAAACAUUUACACUCUCACACUCCAACUCACCUUCUUAAAUGGGUGCACCAAACCCAACCCAAACGGACCAUGGGCCCUGACCCACUUCGCCGGCAAUGGGAAAGUCCGGACAACAACAGCACCCUCUGCCCUCCGCCGAGGAUCCGCGGCGGAAUGCGGCGGCGGAGGCCGGACGCGCCUUUUCCGUCGGACUCCGAUGCCUUAUUGUCUUGCUUUUCUCGCUCGCGCUUUUCCUCUCCGCACUCUUCUGGCUACCUCCAUUUGCUCCCGACGCAGAUCCCAAGGAUCUGCAUUUGAAUUCAAAGUACAAAGAUCAUGAUAUUGUUGCAAGCUUUUAUGUGCAGAAGCCAGUUUCUUUGCUACAAGACAACAUUUUGCAGCUUUCUGAUGACAUUUUGGAAGAGAUAGGGGUUCCCUCUAUCAAAGUGGUCAUCUUGUCUCUAGAUCUCUUACCACGGAUAAACAAGACGAAAGUGGUGUUUGCAGUUGAUCCUGAAGAUAAAAAUUCAGAAAUGUCUACAGCUUCCAUUAGUUUGAUAAGAGCAUCAUUUAAAUACUUGGUUAUACGCCAAUCAUAUCUCCAGCUCACUACAUCCUUGUUUGGUGUACCCUCCUUUUUUGAGGUGCUGAAAUUUAAGGGAGGGAUCACUAUCAUUCCACAACAAAGUGUGUUUCCUCUGCAAGCAGUGCAAACAUUAUUCAACUUUACUUUGAAUUUCUCCAUUUAUGAAAUACAAUUAAAUUUUGAGCAGCUGACAAGUCAGCUUAAAUCUGGACUGCAUUUGGCACCUUAUGAGAACGUGUAUGUGAUCUUAUCAAACUCCGAAGGUUCUACAAUAGCUGCUCCUACUAUUGUUCAAUCGUCUGUCCUACUUGCAGUUGGGAUUGCACCAUCAAAGGAGAGGCUAAAGCAACUGGCACAAACCAUCAUGGGGCAUCAUCCUUCAUGGAACCUUGGGUUGAAUAACACUGAAUUUGGUAGGGUUAAGCAGGUUCGACUUUCAUCCAUCUUGCAACACUCCCUUCAUGGCAAUGCUAGGUCACCUUCCCCUGCCCCUCUGCCUCAUCCUCACCACCACCAUCACCACCACCACCACCACCACCAUCACCAUCGGCACCAUAAUCACCACCACAAUGCCCAUGUAUUACCUGAAACUUCACCUUCACCUUCACCUCCACCUUCACCUUCACCUUCACCGGCACCUACACCUGGGGAAAGUGCUGCUUCACCUAUGUUUGGUUCUACUGCUCCUGCAAGAAGUUCUUAUGCUCAGCCUCCGAAUUGUCAAUUUGGUUAUAGAAAGAGAUCUCCCAGGAACACUGAAAAACAUGUUCAUCUAAUAACACCUGCAGUUGCUCCUACUAAUGCUCCACACUAUCCUGUUGCUUCACCAUGGAGGGCUGGACCACCAGAACAUGUCUUUCAUUCUUCAGUUCCUGCUUUGAGUCCUUUACCAAACGUAGCAUUUGCACAUGCUGAGCCCCCUCCUAAGAAUGAACCAUCUGUCCCACAUUCUGACACAUAUUUUCAUGGGCCAUCACCAUCUUCAUCUUCUGCAGGUUGUGUUGGAACUGUUAAAUGGACAACUUUAAUGUUUUUAGUACUUGUAUUACUUGUAUAAGCAAGUUCUGAACUGUAUCAUUCGGCCAGACAAACCAGAGAGUGCUAUAAAAUGUGAGCUACGCAAAGGCUAGCCUCACAUAUGAGUGGAUACAAGUUGUCAUUAAGAGUGUAAAUAGUUGAUCAAAAAGAUCCAAGAUCAAAUGUACCCUUUUAAAAAAAAAUCCAGUCAGUGUAUGCGUUUUCAGGACAAGUUUGCAAGUGGCAGGCCUUGAUUACACGCAUCACUGCUGUUCUGUAACGUUAGAUGCAAAACGAAAAUGAAAGGAAGAAAAAAAAUUGUAACAAUAUGCCUUUUGGUUCUCAUGGCUUAUAAUUAAUUUUGUAUGGUUCACUAAGCCAGCUAAAGAUGUUGGCCAGUUUAGGCAAGAAAUGUUCAACCCUUGAUCGCAAUGAUGGAUCAUAUCUUUGUU